AAUAUUAAUAAUGUUACUACUGAAUGUUUUGCUUUUUCCCUUUACAUUUUUUUCAGGUGUAUUUUCAAGAUUCCAUAAUUCUUUCCUCCAAGAAGAACCAAAGGGCUGAGGGAAGUGUAUCUGCAAUCAACAAUAUGCCAAUCAAAUGGGUUUUGCACUGGCGACCAAAUGCAGGGACAACAGUGAACAGUCAAAUAGUGAAUGAAGUAUCUCAAUGUGUUGAAAGUAUUAAUGGUAUUAAACAAGGAAGAUGGAAAGCUACUCUUAGCUUUUAUAAACCCAUGCUUAGAGAACAAGCAAAUACAAUGGAGUUUCCCCGAGAUUUUUUAGGGAUUUCGCUUCAAGAACAGCCCAACAAGUAUUACUUUGUAAUUAGAGGACAACGGAUGAUCUUGGAAGCAGAGUCAUCAAUUCAGACGAUAAUGGAGAAGUUGCAGUCUUACAAAACGAGGGUUGCACUUAAUUUUGAGGGGUUUCAAUAUCAACUUGGUGACUUCCAGCUGCGAGUGGGCAAAGUUGUUCCAAUCCACUCUGAGAGCUUGAGGGGAAUAGUUAUGGAGAUGGAAUAUCUUCCGAUUUCCUCAUGGGAGAAAUCACACCAGAUUAUGGGUGAAUUCUUCGACAUAUGGCAGGAAGCUCUUGGAAAAAGAUCAUUACCAGGUCAUUUUGUGCACAUUGAACCAAGUUUUUCCGAGUUUGGCCUCUCUGAUCAAUACACUUCACAGCACACAGCUGUACAGUAUGCUAGCAUCAUGGCUCAAAUGAUAGCAACAGUUCAACCAGCACAAGCAGUUAGAAAUUAGAUUGUAGCAAAAUGUUCUGUUGACAUAAUAAGAUUUUAGCAUUGUACCUGUUGUAUUCUCAAUACAAGAAGACAUUAAAAGAAAUGGUUUUCCUUUGGCACCAGACGCCAGUUCAUUAUGAUGCUGUUACUGCUGCCUUAUAUAGAAAACCAAUGUUAAAGACAGAUCUAGUUAGUAUAUUGGCCUGAAUAUGGUGCUACUGCUACUGAAAUUAAAGUGCUUAGAUGAUUUUAACCUUGGCCUGAAGCAGCAUAGAGGUUACUCAUAUGGAGGUGCUUGCUUCCUGUAAAUUGUUUUGUACUCUUUUAUCUUCAGUAACAGACUGGAAUAUGCAUGUAGAACGUGAUGUCGAUAU